AUGCUAGUCCCGGUGGUCGGGGAAACUGAGGCUUAUGCUGGGAGCCGUAAGUUCUUCGGGCGGGUAGAGAAAGUGUCCAACAGGGGAAAGAAAGAAAGAAAGAAAGAGUAUUUUCCUUCCUUCUUUCCUUCUUUCCUCUUUGCAUUCAAUAUCAGUCUUUCUUUUUUAUUUCUAUAUUUAUCUUUCUUUCUAGACUCAUCUUCUUUCUUUCUUUCUUUCUUUCUUUCUUUCUUUCUUCCCUUCAAACAUGCUUACUCCUGGACUUGUUCUUUCUUUCUUUCUUUCUUUUUUCUUUCUUUCUUUCUUUCUUUCUUUCUUUCUUUCUUUCUUUCUUUCCGACCAUUUACAUCUUUCUUUCUUUCUUUCUUUCUUUCUUUCUUUCUUUCUUUCUUUCUUUCUUUCUUUCCGACCAUUUACAGUUAUUUGUUAAGGUUUCUUUUAUUUAAUAAGAUUAUUUUCUUUCUUUCUUUCUUUCUUUCUUUCUUUUUCUUUCUUUCUUUCUUUCUUUCUUUUUGCACACUUUUCCAAACUUCCCCACCACCUUAUACUCUUACCCACCUAAACGAUAGUCUUUCUUUCUUUCUUUCUUUCUUUCUUUCUUUCUUUCUUUCUUUCUUUCUUUGCACACUCUUUUCCAAACUUCCCCACCACCUUAUGCUCUUACCCACACCUAAACGAUACCUGGACUUGUUCUUUCUUUCUUUCUUUCUUUCUUUCUUUCUUUCUUUCUUUCUUUCUUUCCGACCAUUUACAGUUAUUUGUAAAGGUUUCUUUUAUUUAAUAAGAUUAUUUUCUUUCUUUCUUUCUUUCUUUCUUUCUUUCUUUCUUUCUUUCUUUCUUUCUUUUUUGCACUCUUUUCCAAACUUCCCACCACCUUUUAUGCUCUUACCCACACCUAAACGAUACCUGGACUUGUUCUUUCUUACUUUCUUUCUUUCUUUCUUUCUUUCUUUCUUUCUUUUUUUUUUUUUUCUUUGCUCUUUUCCACUUCCCACCACCUUAUGCUCUUACCCACACCUAAACGAUAGUCUUUCUUUUUCUUUCUUUUUUCUUUCUUUCUUUCUUUCUUUUCUUUCUUUCUUUCUUUCUUUCCGACCAUUUACUUUUUCCUUCAUUCAUUUUCUUUCUUUCUUUCUUUCUUUCUUUCUUUCUUUCUUUCUUUCUUUCUUUAACACGUUCAGACUUUCUUUUUUUUAUAUUCAUCUUUCUUUCUUUCUAGCCUUGACUUGUUCUUUCUUUCUUUCUUUCUUUCUUUCUUUCUUUCUUUCUUUCUUUGCACACUCUUUUCCACACUUCCCCACCACCUUAUGCUCUUACCCAUACCUAAACGAUAGUCUUUCUUUCUUUCUUUCUUUCUUUCUUUCUUUCUUUCUUUCUUUCUUUCUACUCAUAUUUUUUUACCUGGACUUGUUCUUUCUUUCUUUCUUUCUUUCUUUCUUUCUUUCUUUCUUUCUUUCUUUCUUUCUUUCCGACCAUUUCCUGUUAUUUCAACAAUUGCGUAAUUAUUGCUAUCUAUCUAUCUAUCUAUCUAUCUAUCUAUCUAUCUAUCUAUCUAUCUAUCUCAGUCUGUCCAUUAUCUAUCUAUCUAUCUCGGUGUGUUCAUUAUCUAUCUAUCUAUCUAUCUAUCUAUCUAUCUAUCUAUCUAUCUAUCUCAGUGUGUUCAUUAUCUAUCUAUCUAUCUAUCUAUCUAUCUAUCUAUCUAUCUAUCUCGGUGUGUUCAUUAUCUAUCUAUCUAUCUAUCUAUCUACUCAUAUAUUAUGUCAUCCAGUGUAUCUCGCUCGUAAACAAUGA